CUAAUACUCUACUAGAUAUAGUCUAUUAUACAGUCUAUUCAUUAGAUAUCUAGAUCUAGAUUAGAAUAUCUCUACUGCUAUACUAGAUCUAGACUUGUAGAACUACUUACUACUACUAGAUCUAGAUUCUAUCUUUAGACUACUACAGAGUUAUUAUCAGAGUACUACUAGAUCUAGAUCUACCUAGUACCAAGUCCGAGUACAUAAAUUUUACUUGCAGUUGUAAAUUAAAUGUGUUUGAACCUUGAUAAACAUGUCUGUUAGCGAUCCAUUUUUCUCUGUCAAAGAUGAGGUGCAAAAAGCAUUAGUAGUGGUAAGAAAUUUAUUUUCAAGAUGGAGAGAACUGCAAGAAAAUGCUGGAAUGUCUUCAAGAGAAGAAGUGGAAUAUACCACAAAUGAACUACGAAACAGUCUUCGCAGUAUAGAAUGGGAUCUAGAAGAUUUAGAAGAAACAGUAGGCAUUGUUGAAAAAAAUCCAAGAAAAUUCAAAAUCUCAGAAUAUGAACUGCAAGAAAGAAGAAAUUUUGUAGAAAAGACUAAAUCAACUGUCAGAGACAUGAAAAGUCAGAUCUCUAGUCCAGGAAAUAGACAGAGAGAAGAACCUAAUGCCAGACAAGCUUUUUUGACAACUACUGGCAAUGGCCCUAAAGCUCCACAAGAUAAAUACAAGCGAUUAGAUGAAGAGAUGGAACAAGCCAACCAGCGCUACAUCAGUGACACUCAACAGCAGCAAAAACUAUUGAUAAAAACACAAGAUGAUCAGCUUGACAUGAUUGGGUCCAGUGUUGGUGUAUUGAAGAACAUGAGUCAACAAAUAGGCAAUGAACUAGAAGAUCAGAACAUAAUGCUGGAUGAAUUUCAUCAUGAAAUGGAUAAUACAGAGAGUAAAAUGGACCAAACUAUGAAAAAAAUGGCUAAAGUUUUGCACAUGUCCAAUGAUCGUAGGCAGUGGUGUGCUAUUGGUGUUCUAUGCUUGGUUUUACUUAUUAUUAUAAUUUUAUUUUUUAUUGUUUGAUUGUAUUUCAAGUUUCAUCAACAUUUCAUCACUAGUUAUCCCCAGAAAUGUACAAAUAAUUUAUUUUUAACUAAAACAAAAGAAUACUCCUAGGUUUGUGACAUAUUAAAAAUCACUCAAAGCUGUAAAAUUCUUUGUUUCAAGCCAAGUAAUUAUUGUAUGUUAUUUAAGUUUAUAUUUUUCUGAAAGUGUGAUAUUUUAACAAUUUUGCUAGUUAACAUCAAUAAUUAUAUGUAAAUAGAGUAUUAAUAUGAAAAUAAUAAUUUAAUAUAUCUUUAAAUGAUCUAAUGCUCCCUCAAAGGAUGUUUACUUAGUUUUUAAUUUUAACACAGUACAUCACAUUUUGUCAUUGUCCUAAAAAUCCUUUUCUUUUUAAUUUUCACAAGUUUUAUAGAACCAUUGCAACACAGAUAUGACUGGUUGUGCACAAAAAUAACUUUUACCUCAAUGCUCUAUGCCAGAUAUUUUCUUAAAGAAAUGUGUCUAAACUUACAAUGCUUUUGGAAGGGGGAGGUAGUAUUACAAAUAUUGAACCGACUUAUUAGAGACCAUAGUAUACUGUCAUUUUGACUAUGCAAGCAUAUCCUUAAAAAUAAAUAUGUAGAAUGGGCUUUAAGUGGCUAUUUCAGGAUGUAUUAUGUCUUUAUGAAACGAUUGUAUAUAUAAUUUUUUGAUUAAUUUCUUAAAUAUAUGGCUACGGUCUUUUAAAAAACAAUACCAUUCUUGAUAUAUAUUUUAAAAUUGCAUGAUGAUGUAGUGUUUAAAUAGGCUGCUGUUCAGAGCCACUUUUUAAAUGUAGUAAAGUUAAUUUCAUAAUUUGUGCUAAUGUAGUAUUUUAUUUUACGCAUGUUGUCAUCAAUUUUAUUAUUAUCAUUGAUAAAAGUAUGUAAUAGUAAUAAAAAUUGCAUGAAAGUUUGUUAAUUUAUGGACCAAUUAUUACAAAAUGGACCAUUUUUAAAUCUUAGUUUUUGAUCAACUAGAUGUAAAAGUGAAUUUUUUUUUAAAUAUUUAAAAAUAUCUUUUAAUUCAUUUAUUAUUUCUUUCAAAACAACUUUAGUCUAAAAAAAAAAAAAGAUAACACAAUUCAUCUUUUUUAGAAUGUUUUCACAAAAUAAACAAUCUGAUGGUUGUGCCAUUAUUUUGAAUUUGCUAAUGGAGCAGAGGACUUCAUACAGUUUUUACCCAGACAGUUUAAACAAUUAUUUUUUACAGACAGCUUGUUGAAUGGAUCCCAUUUUUAAAGAAAAACUAAAAAUGCUUAUCUUGUGGCAUAGGUGCUGUUAAAAGUUUUUCUGUCAUUUAACUACUUUCAUACUUUGCAAACUUUAGAAAACCACAACUUUCUACAACCAUGCUCAUAUCAUCUCAUCUAUUUUUUUAAAGCAUGAUGCUAUUAUGUUGUUAAAUGAUGAAAUUUUUAUAGGUAUGUUUAUGUGUGUAUGUUAUCUGCACAAACUAAUUAUAUACAAUAGUAUAUACACAAUACCUACAAGCUAACAAUUUAUUUACAUGUGGCUUGUAAAAUUAUUUCUAGUCUUGCAUUCAUCAUGAAGGAAAAACAUACUUUCAAAAACACUAACCAUAUUCUGCAAUAUAAUUGAACCAUGUUUUUUGUUGUUUUUUUUUUCUUACUCCAAAAAGAUUUACCACAUAGAUCUAGAUUUUAAAAAAAAUUAACAUAGAUGCAUUUUCUUUUGUUUAUUCUAAAUAUGCUGUUUAAGGAUCACACAAACCAUCAGUCAAAAGAUUGAACAUUUAUUAAGCUGUAUUUUUAAGGAUCUGUUUAAAGUGUAUCUUACUGAGUGUUCAUGAAUUAACUAAACUUGAUUUCUAUGUAAUACUUUUUAAAGGUGUGAAAUAAUUUUGUUAAAUAUGUAUAUAAUAAAGAGUGUUGAUGGUGUUUCUGUGUAGUAUGUUGUGGAAAACAUUUUUCAACUUAGUUUCUAAUUUGUGGGACAAAUGAAUAAUUUGGUGAUAAUGUAAUGGCUAUUUUAAAAUUUGAUACCUAGUUUUCAUACUCAGUAAAGCAUUUAAAAAAAAAAUACCUCAUUUUGUUUAAACAACUAUAUUUGGGGGAAAAAUUUAAACAAAAUGUGAAAUUAAAUUCACCAUAAAAAUCUUAUCACUGUUCCAGGUGUGAUUUUGCAACCAAAGAAAUUAUGUUGCUCAUUAAUGAUUUUUUUCUUCUGUGUAUUACAUAAAAGAAUUUUCAAAAAAAGUAGGAUAAAUGUAAAUUUGCAGAAUCCAUAGAUUUGCAUUUGUUGGUAUUUAUUUGUUACUUGCAAAUCAAAAUCUUCCAUUUC